AUGCAACUCCCGCAUGCCGACAGUCCACCAGCAGACUCGUCCAGACCGCACUUGUAUUCUCCGCCCUCCACGCAAGGUCUGUUCCUAUUCCUCCCCACGGACAUGCUCCUCAUCGUUGUGACCCUCCCAUCUCCGUCUUCUCCGCCAGCUCCUAUAGCUCCCGACGACGACGUCGCGCGAUCGACCGGGACUGGAUACAUCACCCAUCACCACGUUGCCGACAUGGAUGUGAUGAGCAUGAAAAUUGAGGAAUGUCGGCAAGGAGAUGAAGUAGAGGUGGACGAGGUCAGAUGGGGUCAGAUUCAGGUCAGCAUCCUCAUCCUCGACCGAGCUUGCAUUAUUCUCAACUUGCGAAUCUGCCUCCUCCUCGAAAUCCUCUUCCACUUGCUGCUCGCUCCCUAA